UCAUUUAUUUAUUUUUGGAAAUUUUUUUCUUUUUGGCCUCACAAACCAUGGCGUACAUGUCUGAAAUACAUUGGCACUGUUGAAACGUGAUUGGCUUUAGGAUAUUUGCAAUUUGCUAUGUCCUUGGAGAAAAAAUUAAAAUUAAAAUCAAUAAAAUUAUUAUGGUAGCUAUGUGUCCAACGGGAUUGUUUAGUUGUAACGUAUGGAAGUGGCGGUGCUAACCCUAAAUAAAGUUAAUAAACAAACAAAUAAAAUAAAAUAAAAUAAAAGAAACGCAAACGGCAUAUUGUGGCUAGCAUUUGCGGACGCAGGGAUUUUGCGGAAUUGCAUGUUGAAGACGACCGGUAGCCAUGGUCGUAGCAGCAGCUGCUAAUCAGCCGUUUACUUUAUCUUUAUGGCCGCCGAAAUCUUGGAGGCAGGAUUUUCCUGAUCCUCCCCAUCCCAAUCCCCUUGGGAAAAGAAGAUUCCGUCGACAACGACUAGGACUACGGGCGGCUCUGGUGGAGGCGGCUAGACCAAAAGAAGCCGCCGAUGGGUCGUCGAUGCAGCAGCACCAGGUGCAAAUCUAUCGACGAGGAGGAGGGGAUCGCACGGAGGAUCUACAGGCGGAGGCAAGGGCCAUGUUACGUGCUGCCAAUGCGUCCCUUUACAGCCCGGAACUUCUUGCCGCGAGAUACGGGUCCCGCCCGAUUAAGGUUGUUGGGAGGGCGCUGCAAAUUUUGAUAGCGCUGAGUUGGUUUGGGGUGAAGGUGUUGGUGGACCAGAGGAAGGGCGUAUUGGAUCGAAAUAAGAGGAAGCGGGCCGCUGAGCUGCGAAGCGUCUUCACCCGAUUGGGCCCCACCUUUGUGAAACUAGGACAGGGCCUGUCGACGAGGCCCGACCUCUGCCCGGCGGAGUAUCUGGAGGAGCUGUCCCAACUCCAGGAUGCUCUGCCGACGUUCCCGGACGCAGAUGCGUUUUCAUGUAUUGAGAGGGAGUUGGGACUAUCACUGGACUCCAUAUUCUCUUCGAUAUCUCCGUCCCCAAUUGCAGCCGCCAGUCUGGGUCAAGUCUACAAAGCUCGACUGCGAUCAGGUGACGUUGUUGUUGCUGUGAAGGUGCAACGCCCCGGUAUUGAAGAAGCCAUUGGACUGGACUUCUACCUCAUUAGAGGCCUUGGAUUUCUCAUCAAUAAAUAUGUCGAUAUAGUAACCAGUGAUGUUGUUGCCCUUAUCGAUGAGUUUGCCCGCAGAGUCUAUCAGGAGCUCAACUAUGUCCAGGAGGGUAAGAAUGCAAGGAGGUUUAAAAAACUGUACGCCGACAGGGAAGAUGUUCUUGUCCCUGACAUUUUCUGGGAUUAUACCAGCAGCAAAGUGCUGACCAUGGAGUGGGUUGAUGGCGUAAAAUUAAACGAGCAAGCUGCCAUCGAGAAACAAGGUCUCAAAGUAUUGGAUCUAGUUAAUACCGGCAUACAAUGCAGCCUCCGACAGCUGCUGGAGUAUGGAUAUUUUCAUGCGGAUCCUCAUCCCGGUAAUCUCUUGGCUACCCCUGAGGGAAAACUCGCUUUCCUUGAUUUUGGAAUGAUGAGUGAGACACCUGAGGAAGCAAGGUUUGCUAUCAUUGGUCAUGUUGUGCACAUGGUCAAUCGAGAUUAUGAAGCUAUGGCCCGUGAUUACUAUGCUCUAGAUUUUUUAUCGACUGAUGUCGAUGUCACUCCUAUUGUGCCGGCACUCCGCAACUUUUUUGACGAUGCACUCAAUUCAACUGUGAGCGAACUAAAUUUCAAGACUUUGGUAGAUGGUCUGGGUGCUGUUCUGUACCAGUAUCCGUUCAACGUUCCAGCGUACUACGCAUUGAUUUUGAGGUCGCUUACUGUACUAGAAGGUUUAGCUCUUUAUGCUGAUCCCAAUUUCAAGGUGCUGGCUGCUUCAUACCCUUAUUUUGCUAAAAGGCUUUUAACGGACCCAAAUCCAUAUCUGAGAGAUGCUCUUAUCGAGUUGCUUUUCAAGGACGGGAAGUUUAGGUGGAAUAGACUUGAAAGCCUACUGGUUCAAGGAAGAAAAGAUAGAGAUUUCUCUGCAAAAGAUGCUUUACAGCCAGUUUUGAAGUUGUUAUUGGCCCCAGACGGUGAAGAACUCCGGAUUUUAGUUAUUAAAGAGGCAGUCCGCAUCACAGAAGCGUUUGUGCUAGGCACAGUUAUCGAUACGUACAACUCGAUUCCUGAUCUUUUGAGAGCUCUAAUGUUUAAUGGCAAUGCAAGUGGAGUUAUUUCCAUGAGCAAGACUGAACAGCAAAACAUGAUAGAGCUCAGAGAUCAAGUGUACAGGAUAUGGGGACUUCUGCGAUCAUCUGAAAAUUUUGAUCCGUCCCUUUUUCAGCCAAUUUUACAAGCUAAUUUGUGAAUCAUACAUGAGUAGGUCCUUCAGCAACCUGAGGGACGUAUUCUUGGAGGACGUGUCAUUGGUGGGAUUACUCAACGUCUUGCUGCAAGGUUGCUGCAGCAAGUACUUCGAGCUCCAGCAACAGUUUCCGCUUCAUCUUGACAUUUGUAUAUAUGUAUAUAUAGAUAUAUAUUACUUUGAGUUGAACUAAUACAUUUAUGUUGCUCA